AUGGAAGCUUAUAAAUUAUUAUUGGCAUCUGUGGUAAUUUUGGGCGUACAGAAGACCCUGUGUUCAGAGGAGUCCCCUUUGGACGAGAAUAAGCUCAAAAUUUUCAGCUCUACGGGCUCGGGUGAAACCAAUUCUGAAGUCGAUCACUCCAAAAUCCAAGUUAAAAACCACGGCGAAGCUGUGGAAUACAGAUUUCCCAAAGAGGUUGCCGUUGGCGAGGUCAAGUACGACGACGUUCAGGUGUGUGAGUUGGAUUCUAGCUUUAACCCAAACGCACUCUAUUUGAUGUUGAAACGUAGGGCGAUUGUGCUCGUUUCCGGCGACAUAUGGAGGUUCUACAUCAAGAAUGAAAACGGCUGGCAGUUUGACGGCCAGAAGACCAUGGAGUCAAUGGAGCUCGACAUCGGCAACAAUGAAACCACUGGCGACGUCUCAUACUCAGUCUCAGACGGCACUGCUUUGUUCAGACCUCUCUCUGAUAAAUUCUUCAGGACCGUCAAGCAGGGCUCUGAUACCAUCUUCGAGACCGAGGACUCCAUAGAGUACGCCAGGAAGGUCACGCUGGAAGGCGUGAACUCACACGACCAGACUCUGCUCGUUGAGCUCCUCUGCGGUGAGAUUAAGACCUUCAUAAGGCAAGAUGGUGGUUCUUGGGAGCUUCAAGAGGACAAGAAGCCAUCUGAGGAGAAAGAUUCCAAGUUGAGGGGAGGCUGCCUCAAGUUCAAAAAAACGACUGGAUUUUUGGACUUUGACAUCAUAACAAUAGUGUUAAUAAUUGCUGGAGGUAUUUUGUUGCUUGUUUUGCUGGGCGUCUUAAUCAGAAUCUGCCUUAAGUAA